AAAUAUCUAUUCUUGGGUGUACAGGUACUGGUAGACGUCAUCAAUGGAGUACGCUGGGAUGAGCAAACAAAUAAACGGCGUAUAGUUAACCGCGAAUAAAGUUUGUAACUUUUGAAGAGGGGGAGGAGGGGUUGCAAAGACAUGAUGCGCUUUCCAGAUUCUCCAAAUAUCACUGUUGAAGACAAAAUCCCAACUUGUUCAAAUUUCUCCUUCCUUUUUCUCAUGUCGGAGGGAACAUGACCAACCUGAGAUCUUCUUCAUCUUCGACAUGCCUCAACUUUCUUCUUCACACAUUCAUAUUUCUGACCUCCAAUCUCAUAUAUGUAGAAGGUUUCGACUCUCUCUUACAGCUCCCACAAUCUGGGUCGACCAGGAUCAGACCCAUAUCUAAACGGGUUCUUUUUCUUAGUCAUUUUGGUGCAAAAGGCGACGGUCUCCAUGAUGAUACCAAGGCUUUCAAAGAUGCUUGGGAACUAGCUUGUUCGUUCUCUCGGCGAACAAGAAUUGUAAUUCCGGCUGGAAACACUUUUAUGAUUCAUCCUAUUGAUCUUGCCGGGCCUUGCCAGUCAAAGGUCAUUUUACAGAUCUCUGGUAAAAUAGUUGCACCUGAAGAUCCUGAUGCCUGGUAUGGUAUGAAUCCACGUAAAUGGAUCUACUUCCAUGGGGUGAACCACCUUACCAUAGAAGGGGGAGGCACAAUCAAUGGGAUGGGACAGAAAUGGUGGGCUCAGUCUUGCAAGACCAACUCAACAAAUCCAUGCCAACAUGCUCCAACGGCCAUUACUUUCCAUAGGUGCAAGUAUUUGAAUGUCAAGAACCUCAUGGUGGUUAAUAGUCAACAAAUGCACAUGGCAUUCACCAAGUGCCUUCGGGUUGUUGCAUCCAAUCUCAAAGUGAUAGCAUCUGCUCAUAGCCCUAAUACUGAUGGAAUUCACAUCAGUGCAUCAAAAGGUGUUGAGCUCGAGGAUAGCAUAAUAAGAACAGGGGAUGACUGCAUCUCUAUUGUCAGCAACUCUUCUCGGAUCAGGAUCAGAAACAUUAUCUGUGGCCCAGGUCACGGCAUAAGUAUUGGAAGCUUGGGAAAGUCAAACUCAUGGUCGCAGGUGCAUGAUGUGAUGGUUGAUGGAGCUUUCCUCUCCAACACUCAGAAUGGGUUGAGGAUCAAAACGUGGCAGGGAGGUAGUGGUUUUGCCACUGAUAUUUCAUUCCAGAAUGUGUUGAUGGAAAAUGUAUCAAAUCCAAUCAUUAUAGAUCAAUAUUACUGUGAUUCAUGGCUGCCAUGUGCAAAUCAGACCUUGGCUGUUAAAGUGGAGAACAUAUCCUUCACACACAUCAAAGGAACUUCAGCAACUGAAGAAGCAAUAAAAUUUGGCUGCAGUGAUGACUCCCCAUGUGAAGGGCUGUACUUGGAAGAUAUUCAGCUUCUCCCGUCAUCGAGCGGAAUUACAAGAUCUUUUUGUUGGAAAGCGCAUGGCUGGAGUUCAGGUUUAGUACACCCACCUGCAUGCUUUUCAUGUAGUGAAAGCUGCAUUAAACAGGAAGGCCUACUGGGUUCUGCAAUUCAAUCUUCCUGAAGAGAGGUCAUUCAGUUCUUAAUAUGUAUGGAAGCAUGGCAAAGAGAUCAACUCGGAGACAGAUAUGGUGCACGACUUAUUCGGUUCAAUCAUUAGUCAAGGAUAUAUAGGUUGGUGCCUAAGCAUGCCUUUUAAUAGCCCACGCACCAAGAAACAGGACGUGG